GAAGGGGACGCAGCAACGCGCCGCAGCGCACGGCGCGCGCAACGUGACCGUCCGCGAGGCCCUUCACGUGACGUCGCCGCCGUCCUCCAAUGGGGACCGACCUCGGCGUCGGGUCACGUUGAAGACGUCGUGCUAUGCCGUUAGCGCGUCGUACGAUCGUUGUGUCGCUCUUCCGCCGUUCAGCCGCCUCAACAUGAUGUCGCCCGGCGCAGCGCCGCGUCACUGUUUCGCCGCGACCUCGAGCACCGGUUGAGCGCGUCUGCCUGCGCGUCGCAACAGCAGCAGCACUGGGAUCUAGACCUCGGUUCAGACACCGCAAGCCGGCCCAUGGGCAGGGCGACCAGCUGCCGGGAUCCAGCAAGGCGUCCGUCGUGAUGGCCGCCAUGUCGCAUGCUCCGGCGCCGCACCAUCAGCAACAGGUGACGUCCGUGGGCGGUGGCGGCAACAACGGCGACCGACACGUGGUGCACUGGUUCCGCAAGGGACUGCGGUUACACGACCAGCCCGCGCUCAGGAUGGGUCUUCAGGGGGCGCGCACGUGCCGGUGCGUGUACAUUCUGGAUCCGUGGUUCGCAGGAUCAUCCAAUGCCGGCGUCAACAAGUGGAGGUUCCUCCUGCAGAGCCUCGAGGAUCUGGACGCACGGCUGCGGAAGCUCAACUCACGCCUGUUUGUUAUCCGCGGACAGCCGGCCGACGUGUUCCCCAAGCUGUUCAAGGAAUGGCGCGUGACUCACCUGACGUUCGAGCAAGAUCCGGAGCCGUACGGCGCGAUUCGCGACCAGAAGAUCACGGCGCUGGCACACGAGAUGGGCGUAAGCGUGGUGUGCGAACCGUCGCACACACUGUACCCGCUGGAGCGCAUCCUGGAGCGGCACGGGGGCAGGACGCCGCUCACGUACCGCCAGUUCCAGGGCGUCGUGGUGGACAUGGAGCCGCCGGCGCAGCCCCUGCCGGCGCCCGAGACCCUGCCGCGGACGCCCAUUGACGAGGAUCACGACGAACGCUUCGCCGUGCCCACGCUCGCCGAGCUAGGUUUUGACAUGGACAAUCUCAAGGCAGCCGUGUGGCCCGGAGGUGAAACGGAAGCAUUAGCGCGGCUAGAGCGACACAUGGAACGCAAGCAGGCGUGGGUGGCGAGCUUCGGCAGCCCAAGGAUGACUCCCAAAGCACUGCUGGCCAGUCAGACAGGCCUGAGUCCGUACCUGAGGUUCGGCUGCCUGUCGGCCCGCCUCUUCUACCACCAGCUGGCGGACCUCUACCGAAAGAUAAGGAACUCGAACCCGCCGCUGUCGCUUCAGGGCCAGCUGCUGUGGCGCGAGUUCUUCUACUGCGCGGCCACGCGCAAUCCAAACUUCGACCGCAUGCACAACAACCCUAUGUGUGUGCAGAUACCCUGGGACGUCAAUGCCGAAGCACUCGCCAAGUGGGCCAACGGCCAGACAGGCUACCCGUGGAUUGACGCCAUCAUGCGACAGCUACGCGAAGAGGGCUGGAUCCACCACGUGGCGAGGCACGCAGUCGCCUGCUUCCUGACACGUGGCGACCUCUGGCUUUCCUGGGAGGAGGGCAUGAAGGUCUUCGAUGAGCUGCUCCUGGACGCCGACUGGAGUGUCAACGCGGGCUCCUGGAUGUGGCUCUCCUGCUCGUCCUUCUUCCAACAGUUCUUCCACGUAUACUGCCCCGUGCGAUUUGGACGCAAGGCUGACCCUUCAGGAGACUACAUUCGGAAGUAUGUGCCAGUAUUGAAGCACUUCCCCAACAACUACAUCCACGAGCCUUGGACUGCGCCGGAGUCGGUGCAGGUGGCCGCACGAUGCGUCGUGGGUCGUGACUACCCACUGCCCAUGGUCAACCACCAGGUUGCCUCACACAUCAACCUGCAGCGUAUCCAACAGGUCUACCAGCAGCUCACGCAGUGUGUCAAGGCACCAGGCCUGUUCCCAAGCCUGCCAUCAGCCUCCCCCACAGAGUGCAACAAGCAGAACAACCACUUUAUCAAUGAUCGCAAGCUCAGGACCAACAAGAACUCCAGGGAAGAUGAAGAGGAAUCCAUGGAAGGUGUGGUCUAGAAGGUCAUUUCCUGGCACAGCAUUCCCUGAACUUCUGACUCGCCACACUGCUGCCAAUUGGGCUUCAUAUGCAUGGGUCCAAACAUGUGCUGGCCCAAGCUCUCUACUUCGGACAUGUGAAUCACACCCGGAUUUGAUGCAAAGACUUUGUGUAGCAUAUUCUUUGUGACAAAAAACAGCCUCGCAAGGUACCAA